CCUACCAAAUCCAAACAGGAGACGACCUAAUUCGUGGAUAAAAGCAAAGGAACCGUGAAAAAAACCACGGAAGAAAAGAAACCAAACUAGAGAAGAAAGAUGAAGGGAACCACGGUGUCCCACGGCAACGGGCAAGAAACCAGGGGCUCGCUCCUCCGCCUCUCCAUCCUCCUCCUCUUCCUCUCCCUCGCCUCCUCGUCCUCCGCGGUGACCUCCUCCUCCUCCGAUGAUACGAAACCGAGCGCCUACGAGGUGCUGGAGUCUUAUAACUUUCCCAUCGGGCUCCUCCCCCAGGGCUGCUCCGGCUACGACCUCGACCCGGAUACCGGCGAGUUCUCCGCCUACUUCAACAACAGCUGCAGCUUCUCCCUGGAGGGCUCCUACCAGCUCCGCUACCAGUCCACCAUCUCCGGCCGCAUCUCCUCCGGCCGCCUCUCCGACCUCCGUGGCGUCACCGUCAAGAUCUUCCUCUUCUGGAUCAACAUCAUCGAGGUAUCCCGCGACGGUGACGAUCUCGAGUUCUCCGUCGGCAUCGCCUCCGCCGACUUCCCCAUCGACAACUUCUACGAGUGCCCCCAGUGCGGCUGCGGCCUCGAUUGCGUCACCGCUGACGACGGAGAUUCCGCUUCUUCCUCUCCUUCUCGAAUCAGAUUGAGGGGUGCAUGGGCCUUUUGAUCCCAUCGCAUAGUUAAUUAAUGUUGGUAAAACUCGUUACUCUUGUUACUGUUUAAUCGGACUUUUUAGGAUUUCUCGAAAUAGCAGAGAGAAAGUUCUAUAAUUUCUCUUAUGUUUUCACUAUAUGGAUAUGGAUUUGUUAGGGUUUCGAAAUGGCCCUUUUAAUAUUUCUCUCUUUUAGUUCGAUCAUUGAGCUAUAUGGUUGUCAUAGUUAGUAAAGCGAUCUAAUAUGAUAUAGUUAAAUAUUUAAAUUA